UGUGUCCUCUGGACACAGUGAAACACCGAUCAGACGGGACGGGUCAGACGGGACCUCCGUGCGAGGUCCCGAUCAUGUGAUCACUGAUUAGCCAAUCAGUGAUCACAUGCAGAGUAGCAAGCAAGAUGUCACUUGUGACAUCAUUGCUUACUAUGUGUGAAAUCUGUGAAUGAUCACAGAGGUCACAUGGGAGUGCGCACAAGCAGGUGCGGGGAGGCCGUUUAUAAAUGGCCACCCGACCCUGCAGUGCCACCGUCCGGCCGUUUAUAUGCAAUGGCCGGUCGGGAAGUGGUUAAAAAAGAUGUAC